AUGCCAUUGUUAGGCGGACAUUCUGUGACCAUACCACAGUUUGCCGGUCCUAUACUUAUCGGCUACUUCCUCAACUGGGCACUCCUCGGAGUCCUCAACGUGCAAGUUUAUCUCUACCAUGUCACUUUCACUCGCGACCCAAUCGUGAUGCAAUGUCUCGUCUAUGGCAUUCUCCUAUUCGAGUGGGUUCAGACUGGCUUGCUCACUGCGGGUGCCUUUGAAGUCUUCGUAUACCGCUACGGAGAUGUCGAGGCGUUAGGGUUGGUAUACAACGGGUGGUUCUCCCUACCUAUCAUGUGUGCACUCGUUUCAAUGGUCGUCCAGUGGUUUUUCGCGUGGCGCAUUUACAUGCUAUCGAAGUUACGCAUACUGAUGGGAGGGAUUAUCAUACUGUCAUUGCUUCAGGGUAUUUGCGGGAUCAUGGUAGGUGCCAAAUUCAAGACCGUCUCGUCAACUGCGGUGGGCAUAUUUGCGGAUGCGUACCUUCCCACUGUCCUCAUAAUAUGGCUCGUCGGAAGUGCUGUAGUAGAUGUCGUUAUUGCAGUAACAAUGACGAUACUGGUGAGUGAGAAGAUUGAGGGCAGCAGGCUCACUGGCGGAGGUACUGGAACACUCACUAACAUCUACUGGUGGAAGAUGGUCAGACGGAAGACGGGCAUACAACAGACAGACAAAAUGGUCAACAAGCUCAUACGCCUAAUAGUUGAAACUGGAACUCUGACCGCGACUAUCGCAAUUGUCGGCCUGUCUCUGAUAGUCGCGUUCCCGGGUAUCUUAUACUACGAACCGGCGUGA